AUGCCCGAGCUGAUUCAUCGGCGCAAACAUGGUAAGUUUGUUGCCGCAGUCAGCAGCGUCUUCAUGCGUACGAACUCGAACGUUGCGUGCCGGCGGCGCAGUAAAAUAACCGCCACGAGCCGCAAAUCCAUUGUCAUUCCUGUUCGGUGGGGGAGUCAUGAAGCCAACACCUCGUCCCAAUGUUGUGAGAACGCCACGGGAUGUACUUGGAUAAUUGCCACGUCCACGCAUCUCAAGUGGUGGCAUAAAAGGAGGACCUACUGGAAUAUUGAAAGGUUCAUCUCGCAUUCCUGGAGCUCCUGCUCCUGUAUCCAUGGCACUCGACGUCCAUUCUUUUCGAGAAUCUCCUCCAUCUGCACCACCAGCAUUUUGAUUUCCGAAAACUUCAGCGUGUUCAUCUUCUGAUUCUCCAGCAUCGAUAUCCAUGGCAUCAUUAUCGGCCUUGUCGGUAGGUUCUUUUUCGGGUUUGCUUUUUGAAGAAUAUGAUUCCUCAACACUAGUGGAAGUCCCUGCAUUUUGGUUGGGUCGCGGUGGGACAACCUCACACUGCGCGCCAUGGUUUUCAGACACCGUUCCAGAAACCUGGCUUGCUUGGAGUCCAGCUCGACGUUUCUGCUCUUCGAUAUCUCUUUUCAACCUCUCAAUCUCCGCAUCCUUCUGUUUCUUUGAAAUGUCAGGACUAGGCGUUCGAGGGCCAUUCCUAGUGAAUGAUCGCCCCGCAACAGACCCUGGCUGAGUUUGCGAUGGAGCUGCUUGCGGGGUAGGAAGAGCACUUUUCGAUGAGUUGUCCAUGUGCCCCAACUGACUAGGAAACGGUGGGAAGGCUCCCAUGAAAGGAGGUGGUGGAAACGAAGCAGCGAUUUUAGGGAAAGCCGAAGGUUCCUGAUUGAGCGGCAGAUUUCCGCCCGAUCGCUGAUUCUGCUGACCGUCCUGAAAGUAUUAUUUAUCAUGUCACUUUUUCAGUACUGGUACAAAAAAAUAAUCGUGACUCACAUCCUGUCCCAUCUGCGGAGCUGGAAUGCCAGGAGGGGCUUGACUAGGCCCCGCUCGACCUGUAGGUGUGCAAGGGAAAAAAGACUUUUGUUCAGGCUGUUGCGAAGGCCCCUGAUGCAUGUGUCUGGGUGGUGCUUGAAGAUGUACCAUUGGUGGUGGCAUAGGCAUGCCUGGUGGAGGAGGCAUGGGUCGUGGCACAACUGGCAUCACUGGAGGCGGGAUGGACAUUCCCGGCAGAGGCGGUGGUAGCCCAUUCAUGAAUGGCGGCGGGGGAAGACUUGGCGGUAACAUUCCCGGAGGGGGACAGAACAUACCAGGAAGCAUUGCUGGAUGUGGAAUCUGAGUUUGCGCACUGUUUUGCAUUACCCCGUGUCCUGGCGGUGGUGGAGGCGGUAUUGCAGAGAGCGCCUGUAUUGAAGGUCCUGCAACGCCGGUCAUAUUCGAUGCGGUAUCUUUUGGUGGGGGCGGCGGAGGAGGAGGCGGUGGAGGCGCUGUUAUGUUCACCUGACCUGCUGAAACCGGAGGAGGAGGUGGCGCAGGAAGAGCAUUAACAGGCUCAAAUUGAGUGACAUUAGAUGGCUCUUGAGCUUUAACACCAUCAUGCUCUAGACGUGAUUCUCCCUCUGAUGGAUCGUUCCCGUAGACCGGUGGCACUGGAGGCGGUCCAGGAAGAAUUUCAGAAGCGGGUUUUUGAUUGCUUUUUGCUACGUUGCCGGCUGGAGUCAAUCCCUGUUGGAUCAUUUCUAAACCAUGCGAUGCCGGAGGUGGCGGAGGGGGUGGUGUAGAUGGAGAGGUUGAAGACGUAGCUUCUUUUCCAGCUUGCUUCAGCAAAUCACGAGCACUCUCGCCAACAAAGCUGGAAAGUUUGUUCAACGACUCGAAGUCUAUUGCAUCCACAUCCAUAGUUUCUCCUUUGCUAUCUUCAUCCUUCUUACUUUCACGUUUCUUCGUUUCCUCUCGUUUACCAUCCUCUUCCGUCUCCUCGCAUGGCCGUGAUUUUUUCUUUUUUUCCGUUGAUAUCUUUUCCAUAACUUUUUUUCUGAUAAGAUCCCUAUCGACCGCAGAUAACGAUGGAUUCAUCAUAAAUCGAGCCACGACCUCUCUUACUUCUCGAGGAUUAUUAUUGAGUUGGAUGAAUAACAGUAAAUCCGGGAGCGUGUCGAUCUCGUCAACAGUUGGAACUUUCGGUGGUUCUCUGCUAGCUUCCUUGCACAUAGUGAAGAAACUUGAUGGCAGUAGGUUAUCCGCAUCCGUAACAGGGGCAUAAUCUAUUUGCGAGGGAUCCGGAGGAGUGCUUGAAGCGGAUGCAGGCUCAGGUGGCACAUCCGGUUCAAUAAUAUCUGAUGCGAGCGCAGAUUCUAGCUGCGCAAUAGGAGGAUUACUUGGUGGAGAAUAGUCGUCCUCAACAGGUCUCUCACUCUCAGAGGCCAAAUUUUGUUGAUCUUGUGAGCCAAACAGACGUACUGGCUCUAGGCUCUGGCUUUCAUAUUCAAAACUUGA